UUAACACGUAAUUUAUUUUGUUUUUCAGCGCUGCAAUUGGCAGAAGCUUCCAGCCAAAACAUCGAAUGUCUAUCGAUUGCAUCGGUUGUCUAUCUAAGUGCACACCACUACAAUAAGUGUGAAAAAAUAAUAUUCAAUAAAAAGAGCAAAUAUUUAUGAAUUUUUAAGGAGUUCUUGCUUAUAAAAUCGAAAUAUUAAUUUCGUCCGCGUCAAAAGUAGUUUUUUAUGGUUUUUUUUGAGAAGCGCUAAACAAAAAGAGUGACGGGCGGUGAGUGAACUUAAAAAAAGGUGUGAUUGAAUCAAAUAAAGUGAUGACCGAACCAGUGCGAAAAGAAAGUGCCUUGCCUUCAUAAAUGAUCAUAACCACGUAUGAAUAUUGUGUCGAUUUAGUGAAAAAGUGUAUAUAUAAUAAUACAGAAAAAAUCGUAGAGAUUCCUACAUAUUUGCAUCUGUAAAUAUGUACCAGCAUGUACAUACAUGUGUAUACGUACAUAUGUAUGCAUAGCUAACCAAGGCUUAGAGCAUUGAUUAUUUAAUUUGCGUUGUCAAUGAGGACACAUUAAUACCCGGUUGUGAUAAGUUAGAGAUUUUCAUUACCUGCCGAGGAUGCCACUGCCGAAGCGAUCCAUUGAGCCCGUUCAUGUGGCACGAUCUGUGUACCAACAAGAUGAAUUGCAGUCGGUGGAGCUGGAGACGGUAACAAAUACCACACUCACGAAUAUCAUACGACAACUGUCAUCGCUGUCGAAGCACGCCGAAGAUGUGUUUGGCGAAUUGGCUAGAGACGUGGGAAGUAUUGGCGAUCGUGCGAACUCUCUGCAGGCACGCAUCGAUCGGCUGGCAAUUAAGGUUACCCAGCUGGACAGCACCGUGGAAGAGGUGCCACUCACCGAUAUUACUAGAAAGAAGGCCUUUAAAUCGGCAAAGAUAUUUGAUCAGCAAAUUUUCUCGCGAGCUACAAUGCCUGCCCCAAUGCUUGAGACAUACGCCCAGUGUGACAAGCCACCACCGUUGGACAAGCUGAACGUCUAUCGAGACGAUGGAAAGGAUGGCCUUAAAUUCUACACUGAUCCGAACUAUUUCUUUGAGUUAUGGCGACAAGAAAUGCUGAAGGACACUGAGCGCGUCAUGCACGAUAAAGGCAAGAAACUUAACCGUCCGCGGCAAGACGGGGGCAGCGGCGGUGCCGCCGGUCGUGGCAAUAAGAAACAGAAGACAAAAAUAAGAGCUCCGCAUAAUACUCGGGAGAAGCAGCGUCAGCUCGUCCUGGGACACGGCGAGACGUUGAUGCCCAACAAUGUAAUUUAUCGCACUCCAAAUUCAAUGGUUAACGAGGAAGCCGGGUAUGGAACCCAGCUAGUCAAAAUAAAAACCGCAGCGCAAGGCGCCGACAUCGAUUUACGGCAGUGCACACUGAAUGCACAACACCAGGUUGUGUCGUAUUUUCCCGAUAUCGAUAGGGAUAAUGUCCAAGACGUAGAUUCAGUAAAGCCAUAUAAUAUGCUCUCACAUUUGGAGAAAAACAGUAAUCUCACAAAGCAAACCGCCGUUGCAAUUACAGAUAUGGGUGUUUAUGAUACGCGCCCACCUCGUCCAAACUCCAUCGAAUUAAGACGCAGCUAUCAACCUGAGCUCGUCGAUGGUAGCGGCUACGAGCAGCUUACGGCACAAGCGGCUGCUAAUCAAUACUCAACUUACGGCGGGAAUGGUAUGUCGGCCGCACCUCACAUGCAUAUGCAGCAUCAGCAACUGUACGAUGCCGGUCUUUAUCAGUCGCAUGCGUUGUACGGUCAAAGUGGACAGGGUGUUAUGUCCCCAGAAACGAUAUACGGACCGGGAACGCCAUCUCGUAACAAACCCCGACCUUCGCAGCCUCCACCGGCACCACCUUCAAAUGGCAGUGGAGGUGGCACACCUACUGCCUCAAACGCAAAUACUCCUACGCGGGGUCGAAGUAUGUCGACAAGUCGUGAUGCAUUGCCACCGCCACCGCCAGUUCCAGACGCAGUUUCACCUUUGUCAGCAAUGAAUGGCGCUAACACUAGCCAUAUUUCUGUUAAACUACUGGGUCGCACAAACAGUGCAUCGCGAGCAGGUUCUCCGCAGAUGGCUCCAAGCAACAGCGCUCAAAAUGCAAAUGACCUUGUAAUGGCACAACUAAGCAAUACAUUUAACAGCAUUGGCAUGACAGGAAACCAACUGAACUCUCUCAGCGAUUUACCCCCACCACCACCAGUGCCCGAUCAGCAUUUACCUAAACUAUCUUCACCAAAUACGGCACCACCACCGCCGCCACCGCCACCUCCUGUAGAUGAUGGCACAGGCAGUCUUCAUACACUGCAUUCACACCACGUUAUACCCAAAACGCCUGCCAAUGGGCAAAUGCAGCAAGGGCAACUAAAUGGGGGGUCGCACAUUGUGAGUGCCAAAAAGUUACUGCCUCCAUUCCAUGAUCCCCGCAACGAUUUGAUGAAAGCUAUUCGAGAUGGCAUCACUCUGCGUAAGGUGGAAAAGUCGGAGCAGAAGGAAAUCGAACGCAACACAGCACCUCUGGAUGUGGCAUCGAUCUUGGCAAGACGUGUGGCGAUUGAAUUGUCCGAGUCUGAAGAUUCGGAUAGUGAAGACGACAGUGAAGGUUGGAUGGAACCCAACGAAACAUCGGCUUGAUCCCUGAUGAAUUCAUUAAAUCCGGUCGUAAUAUUAAUGAAUAAGAAGAAGAAGUAAUUCCAAAGAGAAUUAAUCCAUACGAUGGUAUUUAGCAAGCGUGGUCUGCAAUUGGAUUACUUGGAAGCACCAAAGCUUUUAACCACUCUUAUAUAAAAUAUUCCUAUUCCUACAAUAUACAUAUAUUUAAAAUCGAAAACUAACAGAAUUGUAUAUACAAACGAGUAAUUAUAUUAUCGUUAAAUUUACUGACAUAGCAUUAAAAAUUAGACAUAUUCGAGUAUAUAUAGGUCGAGCGGGUGGGAAAUACUCCCCUGCAUAACUAGAUGUGUCUAAAUAAUUAUGGUCUUUUGUAUUAUAGAAGUUGGUGUUUUGGAUAAUAAAUUAUAAAUAAUCGAUAAUAACACUAUCCCUACCCUAAAAUCUGAAUAACCGAAAAGAUUUUGAAUAUAAUUAAUAUAACAACAUUAUUCACAUUAAAUGCUUAAUAUUCUGUAUAUACGAAAAUAUGUAAAGAUAACAAAGGCACUUAAUCACACAGAUAUAAAUUGUAUCGUCUACAAAUUGUAAUUAAUCACGUAAAAAUAUGCACCUAUAUAUUAUAUAUGGUCAUUUAUGCAUGUAUUUCUUUAAAACAAAUAUAAAAUAAAGUAAUUAUUACCCAACAUAUAGUAUA